AUGGGAUUCAGAGUUUUCCAAGUAUUGACAUUGAUACAGUGCCUUUUAGGCAUUGCUCAGGCAAUUACAAUCACUCAAAACACUAUCGAACAAUCGCUUAUUAGUCUUAGUCUAGGCUCACUAACUGUCAACCCCAAUGUAUACUAUGCCAUCUAUGAUGGCGCUGGUGCAGUUGUUGCUGGUGAUGUAUUGAUCAACGGUCAGUUCUACGUUGUUUCUAGAUUUGUGGCAACUGCUUUCGCUCAAACCUUGGGUAACUUCCAAAACAAUGGAAUCGUUUCAUUCGACGCCAAACAAGGAUUGUUAUCUACAUUCCAGUUGGCUCCAACUGGAAAUUUUUUGAACGCUGGUAGUUUGUUUUUUGGGCAAAAUGGAGUCAUCUCAACUCCUGUUACUGUGACUGCUGUCCUCGGAACCUGGAAGAACACAGGAACGAUUGUCUUUGACAGUGGUGCUCCUCUUUCGGUAUCGGCAGUUACCUUGACUGCCUUGAGUAGUGUUGAGAAUGAUGGUGCUAUUUGUUUGUACAACUCUUUAUUGGCACAAACUAGUUCAUACGUCGGAAAUGGUUGUUACAACGUCGGUCCCUAUUCGGCUAUGCAAGUUCUUCCAUCAAAUCCACUUUUCACAUUCGAUUCGGACCUCACCAUUGCUCUUUCCUCUUCUACCUCCUCCUUUGCAGCACUCGGUAUUACCAACGCUAUCAUCGGAAACACAGUAUACAAAGUGAGAGGUUUUGGUAACGGAAACUCUAUCAGUGUAACAACAGGUUUCACUUCCUAUUCAUACAAUCAAAACACUGGUGUGUUAACCCUUCUGCUCUUGCUUGGUGCUAUUUCUGUUAGAUACAAUAUCGGUACAGGCUACGAUACCAGUAAGUUCAGAAGAACGGGACUUCUUGGUUUGUUAUUUACAACAAUCCAUUAUGAUGGAACAGUUCCUACUGCAGCAACUAUCCCAAGUAUCUGUUCGUGUCCUGACUUCCCAAUUCCUCCAAGACCUACCUCUAGCUCUGCUUCAAGCUCGGGCUCUAGAUCUGCCUCUAGAUCUGCCUCUGCUUCUGCCUCUGGCUCUGCUUCUGGUUCCUCAUCUGCCUCUAGAUCUGCUUCUGCUUCUGGUUCCGCCUCUGGCUCUGCUUCUGGCUCCAGAUCUGCUUCUGCCUCUGGUUCCGCCUCUGGCUCUGCCUCCGGUUCUGCUUCUGGUUCCCCAUCUGCCUCUAGAUCUGCUUCUGCUUCUGGCUCCGCUUCUGGCUCUGCUUCUGCAUCUAGAUCUGCUUCUGCUUCUGGUUCCCCAUCUGCCUCUAGAUCUGCUUCUGCUUCUGGCUCCGCUUCUGGUUCUGCUUCUGGUUCCCCAUCUGCCUCUAGAUCUGCUUCUGCUUCUGGCUCUGCUUCUGGUUCUGCCUCUGGUUCUGCUUCUGGUUCUCCAUCUGCCUCUAGAUCUGCUUCUGCCUCUGGCUCUGCUUCUGGUUCUGCCUCUGGUUCUGCUUCUGGUUCCCCAUCUGCCUCUAGAUCUGCUUCUGCUUCUGGUUCCGCCUCUGGCUCCGGUUCUGCUUCUGGCUCCGGUUCUGCUUCUGCAUCUAGAUCUGCCUCUGGCUCCGCCUCUGGCUCUGCUUCUGCUUCCGGUUCUGCUUCUGCCUCUGCUUCUGCCUCUAGUUCCGCCUCUGGCUCUGGCUCUGCUUCUGGUUCCGCCUCUGCUUCUGGUUCUCCAUCUGCCUCUGCAUCUAGAUCUGCCUCUGGUUCUGCCUCUGGCUCUGCUUCUGGUUCUCCAUCUGCCUCUAGAUCUGCUUCUGCCUCUGGCUCUGCUUCUGGUUCCCCAUCUGCCUCUAGAUCUGCUUCUGCCUCUGGUUCCGCCUCUGCCUCUGGUUCCGCCUCUGGUUCUGCUUCUGCCUCUGGUUCCGCCUCUGGCUCUGGCUCUGCUUCUGGUUCCGCCUCUGCUUCUGGUUCUCCAUCUGCCUCUGGUUCCGCCUCUGGCUCUGGCUCUGCUUCUGGUUCCGCCUCUGGUUCCGCCUCUGGCUCUGCAUCCGGUUCCGGUUCCGCCUCUGGUUCUGCUUCUGCUACAGGUUCUGGUUCAGCAUCUGGUUCUAACUCAGCUGCUCCUGGAUCAAGAUCUAGAACCGCUUCUUCGUCUGGUUCUGCUUCCAGCACUGAUUUCCCAAUGUCUCUGUCUUACACUUACUACAGCAACACUUCAAGCUCUUAUAGUUUCAGCAGCACAAAUACUUUGCCCUCAAGCAGCAUCUCAUCUGAUUUCGUUCCUUCCAGUACUACGCCUACUGAUACUGGAUCUUCUACUUUCCCUAGUCAGAGUUCAGGACCAUCAACAAGUGUUGUCAAAUCCACAAGUGUUGUAACCUUUACUUCUUGCUCGGACAGCACAUGCUCUACUAUUACAUCCGCUCUCAGUAUUCAAUCGGUCACUACUAUGUCAUCUAUGCCAAAUAGUUCAACUGCUGGCUCUGGAUCAGGAAGUGGAUCAGGCUCUGGAUCAGGAAGUGGAUCAGGCUCCGGUUCAGGAAGUGGAUCUGGCUCUGGAUCAGGAAGUGGAUCUGGAUCUGACUCUGGAUCAGGAAGUGGAUCUGGAUCUGGCUCCGGUUCCGGCUCUGGUUCUGGUGCUCCAGGUUCCGGCUCUGGUUCAGGUUCAGGCUCUGGUGCUCCAGGUUCCGGCUCUGGUUCUGGUGCUCCAGGCUCUGGCUCAGGUUCUGGUUCUGGUUCUGGUGCUCCAGGUUCCGGCUCUGGUUCUGGUUCUGGUGCUCCAGGUUCUGGCUCUGGCGCUACAGGUUCCGGCUCUGGUUCUGGUUCUGGUGCUCCAGGUUCCGGUUCAGGUUCUGGUUCAGGUUCUGGUGCUCCAGGUUCUGGCUCUGGUGCUCCAGGUUCCGGCUCUGGUUCUGGUUCUGGUGCUCCAGGUUCCGGUUCAGGUUCUGGUUCAGGUUCUGGCUCUGGUGCUCCAGGUUCCGGUUCCGGUUCAGGUUCAGGUUCUGGUGCUCCAGGUUCCGGCUCUGGUUCUGGUUCUGGUGCUCCAGGUUCCGGCUCUGGUUCCGGUUCUGGUGCUCCAGGUUCCGGUUCAGGUUCUGGCUCUGGCUCUGGUGCUCCAGGUUCCGGUUCAGGUUCUGGCUCUGGCUCUGGUGCUCCAGGCUCCGGUUCUGGCUCUGGUGCUCCAGGCUCCGGUUCAGGCUCAGGCUCCGGUUCCGGUUCUGGUUCUGGUGCUCCAGGUUCAGGUUCUGGCAGCGGCUCUGGCAGCGGCUCUGGAUCCUCAGCUAUUCCAUCGGUCACUGUUGGAAACUCAGGAGCUCAAACCAAGCUCAAUUUCGCUUUGGUGCUUCUCUCGCUGUUCCUUUUGUUAUAA